AUGAGCUCCACCACUGGUCCAGAAGCUUCUCCCAAACGGAGUGCCAAGUCUAUCUAUGAACAGAGGAAGCGUUACUCCACUGAGGUUAUGGCCAAUGUUUCCCAGUAUCCAGUCAAUCACCUGGUGACCUUCUGCCUGGGUGAGGAGGAUGGAGUGCACACGGUGGAGGACGCCUCGCGGAAGCUGGCCCUCAUGGACAGCCAAGGCCGCGUCUGGGCCCAGGACAUGCUGCUGCGCGUGUCUCCCAAACACGUUGCGCUGCUGGACCCAGUCUCUAAGGAGGAGCUGCAGUCUUACCCGCUGAGCGCCAUCGUGCGUUGCGACACGGUGAUACCGCCGGGCCAGAGCUGCUCACUGCUGCUGCUCGUGUGCCAGGAGCCCGAGCGCACGCAGCCCGACGUGCACUUCUUCCAGGGCCUGCGUCUCGGGGCGGAGCUGAUCCGAGAGGACAUCCAGGGGGCUCUGCACAACUAUCGCUCGGGCCGCGGGGAGCGCAGGGCGGCGGCGCUCAGGGCUACGCGAAAGGAGCUGCAGUGCCACCCCUCGCCCGCCGCCGAGACCCCGCCCCUGCAGCAGCGCCCGACAGUCCGCGCCGCGGUCAACACGGUGGAGCCGGUCGCGGGCCGCGGGCGACCCCAGGCGGCCCCCAUCCCAGAGACUGCAGAGAUGCGGAGGCCGGGCCGGGCGGAGGUCUGCAGCAGCGCUGACCCGGCCUCUCGGGACCUGGGCCCCUGCGGCCCAGACCUGGCCAGUCUGCAGGCGGAGCGGGAAGUGGACAUCCUGAACCACGUGUUCGACGACGUGGAGACCUUCGUAUCAAGGCUGCAGAAGUCUGCCGAGGCGACCCGAGUGCUGGAGCACCGAGAGCGCAGCCGCAGGACCCGGCACCGGGAGGCCGGGGAGGGCCUCCUGACGCUGCGGGCCAAGCCGCCCUCAGAGGCCGAGUUCAUUGAUGUGCUUCAGAAAAUCAAGUACGCCUUCAGCUUGCUGGCCCGGCUGCGCAGCAACAUCGCCAACCCCUCCUCCCCAGAACUGCUGCACUUCCUGUUCGGACCUCUGCAAAUGAUUGUGGACACCUCGGGCGGCCCCCAGUUCGCGAGCUGCGUGCGGCGGCCGCAUCUGACUUCCGAGGCUGUGGCGCUGCUGUGGGACAACGUCACCCAACUUGAAAACGUUCUCUGGACCUCGUUGGGGGACUCUUGGACCCGCCCGGGGAUGGAGCUACCCUCAGAGGAGGGACCCCCAUACAGACCUGAGUUCUACAGCGGCUGGGAGCCCACAGCCACGGACCCACAUGGCCGCGCCUGGGAGGACCCAGUAGAGAAACAGCUACAGCACGAGCGGCGCCGCCGGCAGCAAAGCACUCCUCAGGUCGCUGUCAAUGGUCACCAAGACCAGGAACCAGAAGCUGAGCCCCAGGGCCUGGAGCCGGCGGGAAAGUGGGUCCUAUGUAAUUAUGACUUCCAGGCGCGCAAUAGCAGCGAGCUGCCCGUCAAGCAGUGGGACAUACUGGAGGUCCUGGAUGACCAGCGCAAGUGGUGGAAGGUUCGGGACCAGAGGGGGCAGGAGGGAUAUGUACCCUAUAAUAUCCUGACACCCCACCCGGGGCCGCGGGGGGGCCGCAGCCUGAACAGCACUCCCUUCCCCCCUCCACCACCAGCGCCGGCCCUGGCUCCGGCUCCCCCUCCUCCACCAGCGCCGGCCGCUCCGGCUCCGUCUCGGUCUCCCAGGGACAGCUGCGAGAGCCUCAACAACUUGGACUCCGGCAAGAAGGAGAAAUUCUCCCAGAUGCUCAGUAUCAACGAGGAGCUGCAGGCACGCCUGGCCCAGGGCCUCACGGGCCCCAGCCGCGCAGCCCCGGGGCCCCGCACCCCGGAGCCGCAGCUCAGCCCGCGCUCCAACGCUUCGGAGGUCCGCGCCUGGCUGCAGGGCAAGGGCUUUAGUUCAGGGACCGUGGCCGCGAUAGGCGCCCUGAGCGGCGCGCAGCUAUUCUCGCUGCAGAAAGAUAAGUUUCGGGCGCUGAGCCCCGAGGAGGGGGCGCGCGUGUACAGCCAGAUCACAGUGCAGCGCUCGCUGCUGGAGGACAAAGAGAAAGUGUCAGAGCUGGAGGCGGUAAUGAAGAAGCAAAAGAAGAGGAUGGAAGACGAGGUGGAAACGGAAGUCAUUUGA